CCUGAACUCAAACCACCUACUAUAUACACACAUACACAUCCCUCAUCCCAACACCACCUAUACCUCCUCCCCCAGACACAUACCCAGAAACUUAUAAUACACACAGAUACUACUAACUACACAAAAGUCACAAAGAAGUCACAUCAGCAAAAAUGCACCUCACCCUAACCACACUAAUAACCAUAACAAUCCUAACCCCCCUAACAACCUGCGUUCCCCUCUCCCCAUCCUCCACCUCCAGCACCCCAUCCACUUCAUCAACCCCCUCAGCCCUCGACACACCAGAAGGCCUCUCCGCCGCGAUCGCCAAAAUCAUCGUCAACGAAACCCUAACGGACUCCAACAACUCCACCUGCCCCCCGUCUCAACGAUCAAAACAAUGUUGUGAAUCUAUCAAUGAUAUCGCCUCGCAAAUUACCCAGCCUCUGGGUAUGUUGAUCCCUUGGAUUGGGGGGAUUGAUGUUAAUUCGGUGUUGGGGUUGGAUUGUACUGGUAUGCAAGACGAUACGCCGAAUGAUCAGUGUAAGCAUCAGGUUAUGUGUUGUGAUGGGCAGCCGAAUUCUGAAGGAUCAUCCCAGCCUGUUUCGUCGGCUUGUAAGCCGUAUGACGAUGCGAUCAAGGAUAAGAAUGAUGCCAUUAAUGAUAGUAAGCAGAGGGAGAGUAUGUUGGUGGCGCAGGCUUCUACUUCUGCUUCUGCUUCGGCGAGUGCGUCUGCAUCUGCAUCUGCUGGUGCUGGUGCUAGCUAGUGCGAAUGGUGAUCAAGUCUCGAGGGAGAGUCGUAUGUUUAAAAGGGUAGGGUUUAGGGAUUCUUAUCUGUGAUUGGUUCUGGU